AUGUUUGAGGAUCUGAUCUGGUUUGAAGACAACCAUCUUUUCAAGCUACUACAAGACGAUUUUCAUCAGUGUAGAGGUAGCGUAUUUGACUUUGGUUGGUACGUAUCCCACCAUGCUGACCGACUUUUAUCAAAAGAUUCACCAAUAGUUCAAUAUACUUUAGGAAGUUAUAGUCCGGCAUCACUGAAAUCCUCCCACUUCUACAACCAUUUCCCCAGAAAAGCAAGUAAUUUGGAUGGUGAACAUCACUAUAUAAGCGUUGACCAUGAGAUGGUUCGAUGGUUACCUCGAAAAAUCACAAAACAAAUUUUUCCCGAGAGAAACGGCAAAUUCACAGCAUAUCCUGUUCCAACUCUUGAAGAAUUAGCAUUGUGCAAUGAAAGAAACGGUAGAGCUUAUUGGAACAGAUCUGGUAUUUGGACUUGUAGCUGCGAUGAGGUAGAUGAUUCAUCCGAUGAGCAUGGUCCACAAAUAUUUGAGAAAUAUGAGGAGUACGUCAGCUGGCGAAGAAAAUGA